UUCCCUCCCGCUCCGGCCUGGGCCGCCAUUUUGGCGCUGCGCUCUGGCGGACGGAGAAGCCGAGAGUGGCUGAGGCGAGCUUGGCGGGCAGGGCCUUGAAAGAGCCGGCCGCUCCUCCCGAGGAGCGAAGGGCGAGCGGGAUGCGUCGCCUGAGCUGAGCAGGAGGAGCAGGAGGCCCGCCUCAGCCUCGCCCCUCCGCCCGCCUUCGCUUCCCCCGGGCCCCGCGGCCUGCCUUCCUUCCUUCCCUCCCUCCCUCCUUCCUUCUCUCCCUCGCCAUGUCUUCGUCGUCCUCGUCGGUGGCGUCGGCGGCGCGCUUCGACCCGUCGGACCGCUCGUCGUGGUACGCAGGCCCGCUGUCCCGGCAGGAGGCUCAGGGGCGCCUGCAGGGGCAGCGCCACGGGACCUUCCUGGUGCGGGACUCGGCCACCUGUCCCGGCGACUACGUCCUGUCCGUCUCAGAGAACUCGCGCGUCUCGCACUACAUCAUCAACUCGCUGCCCGGGAGGCGCUUCAAGAUCGGCGACCAAGAGUUCGAGCACCUGCCUGCCCUCCUCGACUUCUACAAGAUCCACUACCUGGACACCACCACCCUCAUCGAGCCCGCGCCCAGGUAUCCAGCUGCACUGAUGGGAUCUGGAUCAGCCCCCAUCAUGACUGCUGCGGAAGAUAACGUGGAAUAUGUCCGGACUCUUUAUGACUUUGCUGGAAACGAUGCAGAGGAUCUGCCAUUUAAAAAGGGGGAGAUCCUGGUCAUUGUAGAGAAGCCUGAAGAACAGUGGUGGAGUGCCAGAAACAAGGAUGGCCGUGUUGGGAUGAUUCCUGUUCCUUAUGUCGAGAAGCUUGUCAGAUCUUCCCCACACGGAAACAGGAACAGGAAUUCCAACAGCUAUGGGAUUCCUGAGCCUGCCCAUGCUUAUGCUCAGCCUCAGACGGCCAGCCCUCUUCCCAACAUAGCCAAUACGCCUGGGGCAGUCAUCACUCCCCUUCCAUCCACACAGAAUGGACCAGUCUUUGCCAAAGCAAUUCAAAAGAGAGUUCCAUGUGCUUACGACAAGACUGCCUUGGCGCUAGAGGUUGGUGACAUCGUGAAGGUCACAAGGAUGAAUAUCAAUGGUCAGUGGGAAGGUGAAGUUCAUGGUAGAAAAGGGCUCUUUCCUUUCACACACGUCAAAAUAAUUGACCCUCAAAAUCCUGAUGAAAACGAAUGAUUCCUGUUGGCCCAUUUCUCUGUUGCUGCUUCAUUUCCUGGCUAUCAUGAGUAUCAUCGGAAGUGCAAUGAUGACUGUUAAUGGCGCCUUGUAAGCAUUGUCCAUUGUUUCCAGCUUGCUGCAAUUUGACAGCCCUGUAGUACCUGUUUGGAAUGCAUACAGCUGAAGUUGCUUGUGGGCCCUCGUGCAGCAAUGACGUCGUCCAAAACUUAAAAGUAUCACCUGGAAGGAUCUUGGACCUUAAGCUCCAGAGGAUUGGUGAUGUCACCCAGGCAGAAGAACAGGGGGUGGAACUUCAGCUGACCUGGCCAAGGUUUCUGUCCAUGGGCAACAUUCUACUCAGGAGGAGAAUUCUAAGCAACUUUGUCCAGAACCUAAUUUAAUUUUUCCUUCCAGGGCAGGGAACACUUGAUUUGAGAGGAAAUAAUCUGUUUAAGCAGUUAGAAUAAUAGUGUCUUUAGGCUAUAAUUGAUGCUUGUGUAUUAUUAGCAAGACAGUUCUGUGAGUUUGUCGUUGACCUAGAAACAAGUUUGGGAUGGCAGCAAAAUGUCAUUUUAAGGAAUUGCAUUGAGCAGGGUCUUCUAUUUAUAACCGUGACACAUAACUGGUCUGUUUUGCCAUACACUUGUCUAAAAUUUUGCUGUUUUGUUUGCAAAACCAUGGCAGUUUUUUU